ACAGCUGAAGAUUUACCUUCAGUAAUGACCUUAAUUAUGGUCCUAAAGAGUGGGUUAAGUAUAAUGGCUGUUUCAUGAAAUCGGCCUCAAGUCUGUUGAAUUUUGGUAUAAUAACGAAUGAUUCGCCGAUACGUGUACGAUAGGCCGACCAACUCUAUCAUGACAUCAAUUUUCUUCUUCUUCAUUUUCUCUCCUUUUUUCGGAUGAACGGAUUUACCUCGCCGAGCGAAACAGCGGGUAAACAAACGAUCCAAUUUAUCACACAACUGAAUUUUGAUGACGGGAAAACUCCGCGAUAAAUAGACGAUAUAGUCAAACAGAGGCCGAUCAAUGUAAUCGGUGCCAAAUCGGCCAGAUACACACAAGUUAACAUGCCGAUUAUACCAACUUUUACCGAAGAUUCUGUGCAUAAUUUGUUGCAUUUCGUGCCCGGCGUGUCAUCCACAAUCGCAUAAAGGACAUGAAAGCUGUCGAAAAAUGUAUUUGCUGAAAAAAAAUAUGUUUUGUCGAGCACUAAUAAUAUGAAUACGCGUGUCACCCACAAGGUUGGCUGGGGUCUAGAAAAUCAGGGAUAGCAUUAAACUGGGUGCAAUCAUUCAUGAGAUGAAAUAAUGAUCGGAAAACAAACGUUAAUCGUUAAACUCGACCUUGGACCAAUCAUUAUUUGUCUGUAGCAUUAAAUAAUGACGAAGGCAUAUGGUUACCAGCGUCAAUCGAUCACCAAAUUAAAAGUUCAUGAUUGCUUGCGGAUGAAUCGCUAAUCAUUAUUCCAGUAUUAACCAAGAGUUCCAGUGGCUCUGCUCAGUGACACACGUUUACGGGGUCUUGCAUUUCAAAUUAAUAUCGAUAGCUACCUUGGAUAAGUGUACCCACAAUGAAAAUCACUUUGUUUCUCGCGCUACCGGUAUUGCUCGUGAUUUGUUCAGUUGUUUGGGCUAGGGACAAAGGGCGUGAGGAGGCAGUGAAUUCUCAGUUCAAUCCUAAAAAGCCAAAACCGGGCGGAAAACCGAGCGGAAAACCAAGCGGAAAACCGGGCGGAAAACCAAAUAAAAAACCGGACGACGGGAUGUUCCCGCACCCAGCCAUCCUAGCUUACUCCGGGUGCAAGCUGAGGACGAAGUCACUGCCUUGCAACUCCAAAGGCCACCCCCACAUUCAAAUAGGCGAGGCUUGGGCCAACCCGCGCGUCUUGAACCAGCGCGUUGCUUUUUUCACGCCUUUCCCGAGUAACCACCCGCAGUUCUGUAACCAAGGAGGACCUUACGGUGACGUCAUAGCCUACGAUUGUCUCCCGAAGAAGGAGGAUUUAGUGUAUACGCCGAACCUCGCCUCCUACUGCUUGCUCUGGGAGGCUGGUCUCAACGGGAAAAAGAAUGACACCGGGGUCAUGCCAGAUCCGCCAAAAGGAAGCUAUCAUGCCAAUCCACCGCCGAUGGUUUGCCCAUCCAACCUCGACCCCUGCUACUGCAAAGAUUGGUUCAAGCCAGGCGGAAAGUUGGGCAAGUACGGAAAUUACAAGAUCGGGUAUAAGGGUCUCUGGUGCCCGCCGAAGACUAAGGAAAAACCUAUGAAGCCGCUCUUUUGCGGAGGCUUCGAUUUGGGCUGCAAGCCGGGAACUUAUUUGGAAAUGCAAACAGAAUUCUUGCCGAAACUGAAUUGCACUGUUUCCAAGUGCAAAACACCUAAGCCCCUGGUUGAAGCAUAAAAAGUGUCUGUCGCCAAAGGCAACAUCAGUGCAGCCGAUAAUCAAUAGUGCCGUGUCACCGAGUGAAGCGCAUCAAUUUUUCGGCAAUCAUAUUUUUGAAAUUUGGUUUCCCUCAAAAUUCUUAUAAUGUUAUUUUGACGAACUGCAGAACUCCGCUGAAGUGACGAAACUCAGCUCUUCUUAUGGGACUGAAUUACGAAGACAAAAAAUUCAUUCGAUAAAAUUGUCUGUUUGGAGGACACAAGGUCUCUGCAUUCUCUCAAAAGUCAUUUUUGCCCUUUACUACCCUUUCCAGUUACACAAUACCACGAGAAGGAAUCUAGAGAACAUUUGCAGUGAGGAACUACAUUAAGUAUUCUUGGUUUAUUUAUCAGAUUUCUUGUCUGCAUAGGGAAAUUAUUGACGUGUAUGCUGAAGACGAAAUAAACCAAAGAAAUCUGCAAUGCAAAAUGCAGUCCAGCUGAGAAUUGGGUUAUGCGGAAUAAAUUAUCAAGAUCUUGGGGUUUCUUUUCAAACAAAAUUUCAAGAAAUUGAUCCUUUUAAUACACAAAUAAAAGAAACUUUUGUGCAUGUUGAAUUAUCAAUUCAAAUCAAACAAAACACAAUCGGACUGGUUAAAGGAAAUUAAUUAUCUUGGGGAAUAAAAUUGAUAUCUUAUUGUCGAGAUGACUAAUGAGAGUUCGUUAUUUCUUCAAAUGUUCCUCCGAAUUAUUUUUAAGAGUCUCAGAAGUACGGGAGUCAAAUCAGUAUUAAUUUUAUCUGAAAUACGUCAUUAAAUUGAUGCUUAGUCAUUUCACACGAGGUUAAGCAAAAUUUAAUUGACAUUUCAUACCAAACUGUUUUUUAUAUUUUCAUCAAGAAGAAAAAAAAAUUAGACAAAAUGUAUGUAAUAUUUUUUCGCUCAAGAUUUCCAAUCAAACUCAUAAAAAUCAUAAGUACAAAAUUUCUUGGAAUAAUCGACACUUACAUUAUGUAUUACACUAGAUUGUAACAUGAGAAAUGUAUUACGCAAGUUGUUUCAUAAAUAAAUAAGCAAA